UACUCUGGCAUGUCUGAGUUUUGUAUCUUCCCUGCAGUGACCUCUGAUAAGGUUAAAGUCUUGCUAUGAUUAUAACUUCCUGGAAGAACAUGGUCAUUUGAGGACCUAAAGACUUUCUGGCAUGACUGUAGUCUGUAUGGUGGUUGACCACCUGAGAAAAACACAAUCAUGUCUGUUUUGAAAUCAAAUCAAAAUCAUACAGUCAAAUUGCCCAUUGUUAACUUAAACUACAGUAAUAAAUGUCAUUGCAAGUAUAGCCAAGGUCAGGAUUUUGCCCCAGCCUCUUUGGUCAGAUCAAGAGUAUUCUCUGACAAAGGCAGGAUCAAAUUCGAUGUGAGCCGUGUUAUUUCAACAGCUGCAUCAUUGAACCAAGGAUAAGCAGAUGCUUGUGUUCUCAAUCAAAAAGGACAUACAUUAACUUUCAGUGACCAUGCAUGAUCCCGACAAGUGAUACCUGACAUUUCAAUCUACUUUGCCUUCAGUGGCAAGUUGUGUCAAUUGGCUAACUCGGAUGAAAGACAGGUUACACCUCUGAAGUGAAAACGUCAUGUGUAUUGAUCCUGAAGCAAGGUUUUCUUCAUUCUUUGAAUAAGUUGAGGACUCUGAUAACAUAAGGAGCGUUUUCUAAAAAUGUAACAAGUUUUGCUGUGACAUUAUGUUUCGAAAAAAAAUAAAUAACGGACAUGAGUAUCAGGAGAUACGACUCAUACAAGCUGAAGCUUGUCAUUGCCAGGAUGUUAGGGUUGAUCUUGACAAAAAAGAAGGGACCGUGAACUUCGAUGCUGCAAGCCACACCCCUGCGAGCAUUGCAGACAGAAUUGAUGACAUGGGUUUUGUCGCCAAGGUCAAACACAAGGACAAAAGGUCAACUGACAGUCAGACUGUUGUUAACAUUGUUGGCAUGACAUGCCAGUCCUGUGUGAAAAAUAUUGAGGGUAACAUAUCAGGCAAAAGUGGUGUACGAAGCAUUGUUGUUUCCCUGGAGAAGAAAAUGGCCACCGUUUCCUAUGAUCCAUUCCUGACUACUCCACAAGCCGUCUGUGAUGCAAUUGAUGACAUGGGGUUCGAAGCUGCGCUUAAUCAAACAGUGCUGAUUUCUGUCGAGGGUAUGACUUGUCAGUCGUGUGUUCGUAACAUCGAAGGCAUGAUCUCGACAAAGCCGGGCGUGGUGUCAAUCAAGGUCUCACUUGAAGACAAGGAAGCUGGAAUAGUUUACAAUCCGUUGGAAAGCUCGCCGGAAAAAUUACGGGAUUCUAUCGAUGAUAUGGGAUUUGAUGCAUCUUUAAAUGAGAAAUCAGCUGCACCUGGUGCCUGUGUUUGUACUUGCACUGUCAGCAUUGUUGGCAUGACAUGUAACUCUUGUGUGAAAAAUAUCGAGGGGAUGAUUUCUGGGGUGGAAGGUGUGAAAAAAAUAUCAGUGUCGCUUGAUAAGGCACAGGGUGUUGUGGACUAUGACCCGAAAGUAAUAUCAGCCGAAGUGAUUGCGGAUAAAAUCGAUGAUAUGGGAUUUGAAUCUAAGGUAAUCAACCCAGGGUCUGAACCUAAGGGACCCGGUGUACAAGAGACUGUGAUAAGCAUAUCAGGUAUGACAUGCAACUCGUGUGUGAAAAGUAUCGAGGGGAAAAUGGCGGAUUUUAGAGGUGUACAGAGCGUGAAAGUUGUGCUAGCAGAGGGACGAGGCUACUUCCAGUACGACCCGAACUUGGUGAAACCGCAGGAGUUAGCAGAUGCUGUGGAUGACAUGGGAUUUGAUGCAGCUUUACCUGACAAUUCUGUUGAUCUCCUGGAGCAGUCCAUCGGGAAGUUGGUCGACAACUCACAUUCAAGGACGCCAAAACCCAGUACAUCUGACCCCCUUGUUGAGAUAAGCCUUGGACUUGAGCUCCCUUCUCAUACAAUUUCAAGGAAAUCCUCGCCGGAGGAAGAUGAAGAUGCCAGACGAGAUUAUCGCAUCCAGGUGGCGUCGAGCGAUGACGAAUUGGAGAAGGUUCACCUGAAAGUGACCGGGAUGACGUGUGCAUCAUGCGUGGCCAACAUUGAGAGACAUCUCAUGAAAGUAGAAGGGGUGAAGUCUGUGCUGGUUGCAUUGAUGGCCCAGAAGGCUGAAGUGAAGUAUGACCCAGCAUAUAUCAUGCCCUCUCAAGUCGCCUAUCAGAUAAUGGAGCUUGGAUUUGAUGCUACAGUCUUGGAGAGUGAGACUGCGGGCCAAGGAACUGUGGAAUUGUCGAUUACUGGUAUGACAUGUUCCUCAUGCGUCCACCUGAUUGAGUCCUCACUGAUGAAGAAGCGAGGUAUACUGUCCGCCUCGGUAGCCCUAGCCACUCAGAAAGGGCGAGUCACUUAUGAGACAGAGUUAACUGGGCCAAGGGAUGUUAUAGCUUUGAUUAAUGGAAUGGGAUUUGAGGCAUCUCUUCUGGCAGAUGAUGUCAAGGAUUGUGGGAAUUCAGAGUACAAGCGGCAGAUCAGACAAUGGAAGCGCUCAUUCCUAUUCUCACUGGUGUUUGGUGUGCCAGUCAUGUUCAUCAUGAUGUACUUCAUGUUCACCAAGAUGGCCGCCAUGAAGGCCAUUUCUGCCGCGGCAAAUCAUUCGUCAAACUCCACAUCCGAGAUGUAUCAUCCCCCAAUGAUCUGUCUGGGCCUGUCCUUGGAAAAUCUACUUAUGUUUUUACUGGCCACUCCGGUUCAGUUCAUCGGGGGCCGCUAUUUCUAUAUCCAAGCUUACAAAGCAAUGCGUCAUGGUGCCACAAACAUGGACGUAUUGAUUGUCAUGGCGACAACAUUAGCAUAUUCGUAUUCAGUAUUAAUCGUUAUAAUCGCCAUUGCGCUGAAAAUGGAUGUCAGUCCGAAGACGUUCUUUGAGACGACCCCUAUGUUGAUGGUGUUCAUCUCCCUUGGACGAUGGCUGGAACAUGUGGCCAAGGGGAAAACGUCAGAGGCGUUGACAAAGUUAAUGAAUCUGAAAGCAACGGAGGCUCGAUUAGUCACAUUCGACAAGGCGGGGAACGUAGAAAGUGAAAAGAAUAUUAGCAUUGACCUCGUCCAGAGAGGUGACUCCCUCAAGGUCGUUCCAGGGGAGAAGAUACCGGUCGAUGCCAAAGUCAUUGAUGGGUCGUCUACCUGUGAUGAAUCGCUGAUUACCGGCGAGUCCAUGCCCGUGCCAAAACAGAUUGGAUCAUCUGUGAUCGGCGGCUCCCUGAACCAACGCGGCAUGUUGAUCCUCGAAGCCACUCAUGUUGGAGCUGAAAGUGCCCUAUCCCAGAUUGUCAAGCUUGUUGAGGAAGCGCAGACAUCAAAGGCUCCAAUUCAACAACUCGCUGACAAAAUAGCUGGCUAUUUCGUUCCUAUCGUUUGUGGGUUGUCAGCCCUGACAUGCGUGAUCUGGGUCAUCAUCGGCUACAUUAGUAUUUAUGCCAUUGAUCACAACUAUAUGGAAGGUGAAGGAAGGAAUCGCCAUGAGAUCAUCUUUGAGCAUGCGUUCAAGUUUGCUAUCACCGUCCUGUCGAUCGCCUGUCCCUGUUCUCUCGGUCUCGCCACCCCCACGGCUGUCAUGGUGGGAACUGGAGUAGGGGCUACGAAUGGUAUACUCAUAAAGGGUGGUGAACCCUUGGAGAAUGCACACAAAGUGAAAAGCAUUGUGUUUGACAAAACUGGUACCGUUACCCAUGGAGUGCCAAAGAUGUCCAAACUGUCUGUGUUCUGUUCACCCAAAUUCCUCACGAUGCACCAAGUGCUUGCGAUCAUUGGAACCGCUGAAGCCAGUUCUGAACACCCCAUUGCUAAUGCCAUUGUCACAUAUGUCAAAAAUGCUUUGAGGAUAACCACCCUUGGAAAGACGGUGGAUUUCCAGGCUGUUCCUGGCUGUGGUCUGAAGUGCCAAGUGACCAAUGUUGAAACUGUUUUUGACAACUCACCACGGGAGACAGACAAUAAUGUUGGCAUCAAUGGUGCCUUCGUGGGAUAUGAUGUGGCCAUCGAUGGGGUGGUGGUCGAUCAUGGCAAAGCGGUCGAACGACUUCUCCCUCUCUCUUCUCCACCUAUCGUUGCUGGCACCACCGCCCCUGUCCAGUAUAACGUUCUGAUCGGGAAUCGUGAAUGGAUGACAAGAAAUGGUCUUCAAGUGACUGAGGAGGCCAACGAAACCAUGACAUUACAAGAAGAACAGGGAGAAACUGCUAUACUCUGUUCAAUCAAUGGAGUGGUGGUUGCUAUGCUAUCUGUUGCUGAUACAGUGAAGCCGGAGGCCCAUCUUGCAAUCUACACUCUGAAGCAGAUGGGCUUAGAAGUGGCUCUACUCACUGGUGACAACAGAAAAACGGCCAAAGCAAUUGCAAGACAGGUUGGAAUCACGAAGGUCUUCGCCGAAGUUCUCCCAUCUCAUAAAGUGGCCAAGGUCAAACAGUUACAAGAGAACGGGCAAUGCGUUACCAUGGUUGGGGAUGGUGUCAAUGAUUCACCGGCCCUAGCCCAGGCUAAUGUGGGCAUAGCUAUUGGGACGGGCACUGAUGUGGCCGUGGAGGCGGCUGACGUCGUCCUUAUCAGGAAUGACCUUGUUGAUGUUGUAGCAGCCAUGUUGCUCUCCAAGAUGACAGUGAGGCGGAUCAGGAUCAACUUCGUUGCAGCGACCAUCUACAACCUGAUAGGAAUCCCGAUAGCCGCUGGCAUCUUCAUGCCGCUCGGUUUAGAGCUGCAACCAUGGAUGGCCUCGGCUGCAAUGGCCGCAUCAUCGGUUUCUGUUGUAAUGUCCUCUUUACUGUUAAAAUUGUAUAAAAAGCCAUCGCGGGAGAGUCUCCUGACCCACCAAUAUCAUAAAAACUAUGUCGAGGAACAAACGCACCCGCUACAGAUUGAUGUGUACCGUGGUGUGAGAGAGGUUCACCAGGAAGUCAAGGGCAGUAUGCGUGGCAGUAUCAAGGCCAGCAUCGGAAGCUUCAUCUCCAAGUUGAGUGGCGGCAGUGCAGGAAGUGGGAAAAAGAUCAUUUACGAAUCGAUAAAGACAAGUCUAUUGGCGGGAUCGGAAUCUGAGGAUGAUAAUGUUCAGUUUGAAUCUACAUUUUUGUAAUACUGUGCCGGACGAAUUUUUUUUUGUGUGUUUGUAUUCGAUUUAUCAUUCUGAUUGUGAAUAACAUUGGAAGAGAUUGGAUUCACAGUAUCAUGUAAUGAGGAAAAGGGGUAAAAUAGGGCCUAAGGUUCGAAGUGAUAAUUGUGUGAAACAAAUGACGUUCCAAAACAAUUUGAUGUCCGAUGCUAUCGGUUAAACAGCCAAGGUUCCACUUCGCAAAUCAUGAAAAAAUGGCAUUGUCAUAAUUUAUUACAAAAUUUUACUAUAUUCAGACAGUUUUGGUGCCAAUGUGUUUUUUCUUUUUCCUCAAUCAUGAAGAGUGGUUUCAGACAGUUAUUGAUGAUAUGUAUUAGAUUGAAUUAAUAAUUCAAUGUAUAUUCAAUUUUUCUAGUAUUUCUGUGUUGAGCAGUAUGAAUCUACUAUUAGACGCACCGACUUUAAUCUACCAGUAUUUCUAUCAACUUUACCAUAUGCAUAUGCCACUAGGCACUAUCAUUUCUGAGCUACCUGUGUGAGGAUUUAAGUUUUUCUUAUCUCAUUACUUUCUCACCUUCAUUGAAAAUGUUCGACCUUUCUUACAUGUACAUGUAUUAUAGCUUCAAAGAAGCGUCUUGUAUUAAUUUUGUAUCUUUUGAACACAACUUCAUCUUCUCCUUUACCACUCGGUAGUAUUACACAUUCGGUAUCAGUGUUCAGGUUCUGUGUUAAUCUAUAACCCUUUAUUAGCAAGGCUGUUAUUGCAAUGAAUGUAUUCAAUGAGAAAAUAACCUGGUGCCCAAUUUGGUUAGAAAAUCUGAGGGUUGUGAUAAUAAGAGAAACUAAAAAAUGUGCAUGGGAUUAAAUUUUUAAAGUUCUAAAUUUCAAAGCUCUAGUCACCAGGUAUAAAUGUCAUUUUUUGUGGCAAAUAGGGUGCAGCAAGGUGCAUAUGAAAUUAUUCAGAAUUUCCAUGAUAUUUGACAAAAAUGGUGCCCUGUAAGUUGAAUUUCUUGGCAUAAUGACACACCAUUAUGGCUUUGUAAGAAAUGUUUAAGUGUUAAUUAUUUUAUUAAGAAUAUAGGUGAAAUCAUGUGAAUAAAUGGACUAAAAUAUA